AAGUACCUGAAGGCCAACAAUUGGCGCAAAUUGGUUCCCCUGAGACUCGUGUGUAAGUACUGGCGCUCCAACAUCGACGCAUACCUGGCCUCUCGACACGGCUUUCAAUACACGGGUCGCGUGGCAAAGGGGUCGCCCCCACCGGUCAUGAAUUACUACGAGUUCAACGCAAUGCUCAGCUUUUACCCCAAUAUGAGACAAUUGAUUGUCAAGAACUUUACGGUUAGCGACCAUUUGGUGGCCAUUCUGAGGCAAAAUGUGCCAAAACUGGAGCGAAUCAGUCUCUACGGGUGCCGUAACCUCAGUUGGAAAGGCAUCACAAUACUGGCCGUACGCUUCCCGCAGUUGAAGUUCAUCGACGUCUCCAACUGUGAAUUGGAUGAAAACCGUUUGAGUAUUUUAGUGGAAAACCUGCAGAACCUGAAGAUUAUGAACGCCAUAAACCCGGGCCGAGAGGUGACGGGUCAG